UUCUUGUGAGUGUUUGACGUUCGUACGGUGGAUGAUUGAUUCUAACGAGGAUGACAGCACAUCGAUUUACCACAUAGCCACGCAUAUCAGAAUCUACAGCGUUCACAAUGUCUGCCGCGUUCAAUUCACUCGAAAAUGCUAGGACCUUGUUCUUAUGCUUGUUUCUUCUCUUUGGCAUACAAAUCUCGGAGAAAGUCCAAGAAAUCCACGCAUCACCGGUACAUGCACCCAACACACUCGAUCAAACAUCUUCUGAUAACUAUAUACCCCAAUAUGAGUCGUACGGGUACCAGCAACCUAUUUCCGGGCGCGACCUUCCUCCUCAGACGUCAAGCUACGACUUCGAUCCGCCUGUCCUCGAUGAUGGGUGGAAAUGGGGCAACGUAGUUAUCGUCAACAAAUGUAAUGAGACAUUCAUCCUCACAUCCGUUGGUGGAUGGCGUCUCAGUGGCCCCCGUAAUGACUCGACUGGAUAUGGUGCCAAAGAAGAGUUAAUCCAGCACCACAUCGCACCGGGCGAGAAUUACACUGAAGCCUUUCGCAAUACCUAUAUUGCUGCCGAUGAGAAGCCAGGCUACGACCCUGCCACCGAUAAGCUCUUCGGUCAGGGCAUAUCAAUGAAGCUCGGGUGGACAAACGGUCCAUAUGUAGGCAACAUAUCGCAGCUUGAAUACGCCCGGACUAUUGAGGCUGCAGUGGAGCCGGAUAAGGCGCUAACCUGGUGUGAUGUAUCGGAGGUGGACUGCGGGCAACGUUCUGAUUUCAACGGCACAGAUUUGACUGCUACGGAGGAGGACUAUCGUCGCAAGACUGAGUGGUGUCCGGGAUAUCGGAGGGGAAUGGUGCUCGAAUUUGAGCCGAGUGAAGACUUAGUAGUCGAAGCACAGCAGAAGCGCGGAAGCCGCAAGAUCCAACCAGGGGGUACGCUUGCCAGCAUGAUCGCACGAGAAAUAGUUCCAUGGCAGUUGUGGGAUUGGAAUCGGACCGGGACAUGGCAGAACAGGCUAAUGGGCAUGAAGCGGAGCAAGACGGAUUCCGGCGCCAGUAAGCUUCACACGCCAUCCAAAUCACCUGUCGCAGCGGCUACUGUCUUUUGCGUGUGGUGCCGAGAGCCCAACACGAUACUACCUGCGCUUUCUGUAGGAGAACUGGGGAAUGCAAUAAUGACAAAGGCCCCGCUCCCCUCUCCUACUUCCAAGAGAGACGAUAGUGCGCCGCCACCCACGGCGCGCCCGCCACUGCAGAGACUUGCCGCCAGCGAUGCAAAAACAUACCAGUCGCACACCCAGCACCCCGAGCCCCGCGCACCAGACGCCGCCCACACCACCGACGAUGAAGCCACGGAUACCGAAAUGAGCGACCAAGGGAGCCAGCCCGCUGACGGGGACGGGGCUGGCCGACCACGCAGGGAGAGCCGCGACGAUGCGCCACUGGGCAAAGCCUCGCCUGAUGAGAUGGAGGUGGAGCGCCUGCGCGGCCUACAAUUGAAGAUGCUGCAGCAACAGCAGCGCGCGCGCAUGCGAACUUCGUCCAACACGCCCACAGUUGCCGCUCUGGGCUCUCGUCGCAUUUCGCCCAUAAAGGAAGAGCCGCUGCCAGGCAUUUCACCCACGCUUGAGGGUGCCUUUAGCAGUCCCAGCCCCAGUCCACAUCCACUGCCGACCAACUUUACUAAUUCGACUGAGUCGACUGAAUCCGCGAGGACCAUCCGCGGAAGCAUGCCGCCCACACCUGCCGCCCACGCCGUCCGCACGCCUUCCUACCCGUUCCCCACUGUGCCAAACACACCGCGAUGGGCUUCGGCUUUCCACAUGCCCUUCACCAGCCUGUCGCCCACCGUCAUGGGAGGCCAGCCGAGAGAGUACGCAAUGCCGAAAGAGCGCAUCGUCUCCGAGAGCAGCACGCCUGCGGCAUCAAGCACACCCUUUGCCCCCGCAGGCCGCAAUUACCAGAGCCCUGAUGCCGAAGACCCACGAUUCCCCAGUCCCAAUCUCUACGACAUUGUAUUGCAUUUGGGCGCCGAGCCUGGCCUUGCAGCAUGGUGGACGACCGUCACUUCGAUAAUGCGCGAUCACUACGGAGCAGAGCGCGCCACCUUAGCAGUACCAGCGGACGCAUCCGACAUUGAGAAUGUGCCCUGGGGCCAGAAGACCACCUUCACUGCGACGGCGAGUGAUGGCAGUCCACAUGCUGCCACCUACCAGGAAGCAAUGGGCCAAUCGAGGAACCCACAGUCCGAGACGCCAGGUCUGCGGGAAAACAUGUCUUUCGAUACCCCACCAUCGACAGUGAUCCCGGAACGGAGACCGAAGCUGUUCUCGCACCAUUCCUUUGCUGGCCAUGAACGCCAGAAGCCCAUGUCGCCAGACACCCCGACGCCCUCGCAGCCAAUUCGACCAAGAGGCCCAAUGAGGGCUGCAAGCCACGCCCCUCACACCAGCUCAAGGCCAGAACACCCAUUGAGACAAGUCUCACAGGCCUCAUUUGACGGCAGUUCACCCAAUCUUGCAGAGUCGACUCCAACCGGAGGUCCGUCUUUCAGUGACCCAGAAUUUUCCAGUAUUGGUGACCCUUCACCGCCCAGUGCCGUGUACCACAUACUCCGUGCUCUCGACCACGAACCGGACGCGUUGAUAGACAACACUGGAGUUAACCGUGUUCUGGAGAGGGGACGUCUGGUUACGUUGACUAGAGACUACUCGACUUCAAUGGUCACCUCCAAAGAAGACUUAUCCAAGGACAAGUCAGACCAGCCCAAGUCUGCCGGAACCCAGGCACAGGAAGCUCAAAAAGCAACAAAUGCUCGUGGUCGUAAUCUUGGCUUCGGUGACCCUCGACUACCUCAGCACUAUGAAGAGUAUGAACAGUAUCCAAGUUCGCCAUGGGCACAAUCACCUGCCCCUUCGCCAGCUAUCCAAAACGAUGCUGACGCCAACCCCUUCUUUACGACCGGCAGCGUUGACGAAGACACGUUCAAUCCAUCCCGCUCUCCGCAGGAUUACACAAAUUAUGGCAUGGUCGAAGCCAUCGGCAUUGAUAAGGCUAGCACCGUCACACACAUACCGCUGAUACACCCCACCCUGUCGCAGGUAAUGUCGUCGCCAGAUGUAUCCACUCCUUCCCAAACCCCCUCUAUGACCAGGAGACAAUCUGAACAGUCUAUGGGCGCUUCGUCGUCCUACAGAGAGGAUUUUGUGAGAAAAGCGCCCAUUGCAAUUCUUUCCAUCCUGUCGCCCAUUGUGCCAUAUCCACGUAACUUGACCAACUCGCUCAAGCAUCUUGGACCUCAUCUGGCAACGUCCUUUUCCAAUGCCUGGCAUUUCAGCAAUGCACAAGCCCAGGUCGCCUCUAUACGACAGCGACGUAUGACUACCGGCACGACAGGAGGUAUCAAUAUGCCCUCAGAUUCCGAUAGUCUUGACGACUUGCUUCAUCUUGAUCUUGAAGAUAUAACAAACUCUGCAGCGGGGAGCGUCACUAGUCCCUCCGACUACUCUGGCCGUUCCAAGCAUAGCCCGGGCGGUUCUAUUGCAGGGACACCCGGAUGGGACGCUACUUCGCUGGGGUUCUCUAGCAAGCAAUCCGUUAGUAGCACGCCUGGGCAUCUUGCCGGCAGUGAAGCGGUCGAGAGCUACUUUGAUGCCAGAAAACAAUAUACCAAGUCACUAACUCAGUCCGCACAAGACCAAUGUGCACGGAAGACAGACAAACGGCCCACAAAACGCGUCACUAUGAACCCUGUAGCUGAGCAAGUUGGCGAGGAUACUUCCAAGUCACGUAAUGAAAAGGAAGAUACGUUGAGCGCACGCCGCGUUCCACUGCAAGACCCUUCUAGCCGUAACCAUUCCUACUUACACUCGUACGGGGCGGAUUUUACUUCAUCCUUCCAAUCGUUACCGGCUGCGACAACGCCAGGAGGACGACCUCAAGCUUCCCAGACGCAUGCCAGACGCUCUUCUAUCAGCGAUGUCGAUAUGCCACCUCCUUCUGAAAGCUUGCUUCGGACCAUCAUCGACUCAUUGCCCGUGCAGAUAUUUACUGCCGCACCAACCACUGGCGUCAUAACCUGGGUGAACUCCAAGUUCUUGAUAUAUCGAGGUCAGACUUCUGGCCAAGUCCUGCAAAACCCGUGGGAUGCCAUGCACCCAGAGGACCGUGGAUCUUAUCUGGAGGAAUGGAGUCGAUCCUUGAGGACAGGCCAACAGCUCCAGAAGAAAGUUAGGCUCCAACGGUUUGAUCAAUGCUAUCGGUGGUUCUAUGUUCGCGUUGCACCACUCAAGAACAAACGCCAACAGAUAGUUCACUGGAUUGGGACUAACAUGGAUUUCCAUGAGCAACAUCUCGCUGAACAGAACUCGGCCCGUCAACAGGAGACGGCGGCUUCUGAAGCCAAGUAUCGCGCACUGGCGAACUCAAGCCCUCAGAUCGUUUUCGUCGUCUCCGACCGUAGAGGCCUGACCUUUUGCAACUCCCAGUGGAUCUCCUUCUCUGGCCAAAGUGAGGCUAAUGCCCUGGGUAACGGCUUCUUGGAACACGUGCACCCUGACGAUGUCAUCAAGUGCAAGCUUCCGGAGCUAGACGAACAUGGUGUAGCGAACGUACCCACGACGUUACCAUCUGACCACGGGCAACACGACUCCAGUUCUUCUGAUGCUUCAUCAGAGACAGAGAGAACCAUAACUAGUCCUAGUGGCUCGGCACCAGACAGGAUGGAUAUGCCACAGGCCAAGCUCUCGAAACUGGCAAGCACGGGAAUACUAAGGGUCGUCAAGGACGCUCAUGGACGCCCGUCUUACUCUACCGAAGUCCGACUUCGCAAUAAAGAUGGUGAUUACAGGUGGCACCUGGUAAGGGUUCUGUUGGAGAAGUCGCUGGCUGAGAACAACAACGAGGAAACAUGGUAUGGCUCGGCUACAGACAUCAACGACCACAAAUUACUCGAGCAAACUCUGAAGGAGACCAUGGACGCGAAAUCCAAGUUUUUGAGCAACAUGUCCCACGAAAUCCGAACCCCACUGAACGGUAUCUCUGGCAUGGUCAACUUCCUUCUCGAUAGCGUUCUCAACGCCGAGCAACUAGAGCACGUCAACAUCAUCAAGGCUAGUACCGAUAGCUUGCUCAAUCUCAUCAACGAUAUUCUCGACCUGAGCAAGGUCGAAGCGGGUAUGAUCAAGCUUUCGAUGGAAUGGCUUCAUUUACCGUCUUUGCUUGAGGAAGUCAACGACCUGAACAUGGGACUUGCCAUUCAGAAAGGUCUUGAGCUUAAUUAUCUCGUUGAGGAAGGUGUGCCAGCAGAGGUCAAGGGCGACAAGUUCCGCAUUCGGCAGGUGCUUCUCAACGUGGUGGGCAAUGCAAUCAAGUUCACAGAGCGUGGGGAGAUCUUCAUACGCUGCAAGGUUCAGCCACCGGAUCGUUCUCCGCCUUUGAAGGAGAACGAGACGAUGGUUCGAUUCGAAGUCAUUGACACAGGACAGGGCUUUACUGAUGCUGAGGCUAAGUACCUCUUCAAAAGGUUUAGCCAGAUUGAUGCCAGCAGUACUAGACAACAUGGUGGUACAGGCCUUGGCUUGGCCAUUUCCAUGCAAUUUGUCGAACUACAUGGAGGCAGGAUGGACGCUAGAAGCGCGCCAGGCAAAGGCUCAACCUUCUUCUUCACGAUCAAGUUCGGACUCCCCACUGCUGAAGACUAUCCCAAGCCGCUUGUGUCGACGCCAGGAACGCCAGCGUUUGAGACUCCACUCAUUACUCCAUCAGCACCACCACAACCUCCGCAGCCAUCGGCUCUACAGAAGUUUGUUCAAUCACAGACGCCUGGGUACACGCAACUCAAACGCGUAUCGAGCCUGUCAUCUGAAAAGAGCGAGCCUGUCAAAUCUCCGAUUCACAGUUCGUCGGCCUCUGAGCGCUCACGUGACUCGCCUUCGCUGUCCUCUGGAAGCUCUGACCAUUCACUAACUAGUGCUGCACUCACUGGACAAUCAAGUGUGCGAUCAGAAAGAUCAUCAGCGUCAUCAUAUAUGCAACAGGUCAAAGCCUCCCCGGACGCCAAUAUCAACCUGGAACUGCCUCCCAAGCGACCGGAUAGCGAAAGGCAACAUCCCUCCGGCUACUCUACAGGGUCUACUGAAUCGGAACAGACGGCCCGCCAAUCUUCACCGCACCGCAGUCUUUCACCACUCGGUAGUGCCCUGCAGCCUCCGAUGUACUCUAUUCUUGUGGUAACCGGGCAGUCAAGCAACAUUGAAGCGCAAAGAAUGAUGGGUGGUGAUAACCCGGUAUUGUUCACUCACGUUGUUCUGGUGCUGCAUGAUACGGCCGAAGUACAUGCGAUUAUGGAUCAGAUUUUCAGCUCUACUUCAUAUGGCAAUACAUCCGUAGUCGUUGUAUCAGAUCCAUCGCAGAAGAAAGAACUCAUGAGGGAUGCUCCGCACUACGACUAUGAUCAGCUCCACAUCGAUCGUCGUCUGCAAUUUAUCUACCGACCACUGAAGCCGUCCAAAUUCGCCAUCAUAUUCGACCCCCAGAAGGAGCGUGAGUCCAGUACAGAUCGCAACCAGGAUAGUGCGCAGCAAGUUGUGGUCAGCCAAAAGCUUGUAUUUGAGGAGCUCAAGCGUCGGGUCGGUGGCAAGAACCACAAAGUUCUCCUCGUCGAAGACAAUAAGAUCAACCAAACUGUGAUCCUAAAGUUCCUUGCUAGGAUCGACAUCGAAACAGAGACUGUACUCGAUGGUGUUCAAGCUACUGAAACCAUCUUCUCCAAACCGCCGGGCUACUAUUCAAUCGUACUUUGCGAUUUGCAUAUGCCCAACAAAGAUGGGUAUCAAGCCUGCAAAGAGAUCCGGCGAUGGGAAAAGAAGCAUGGGUACCGUCGCCACCCGAUCAUCGCGCUCUCUGCCAACGUCCUCGGGGACGUGUACGCAAAGUGUGUGGAAGCGGGCUUCAACUCUUAUGUCACUAAGCCGGUGGAGUUCAAGGAACUCUCUCUUGCCAUGACCAAAUUCCUGGACCCGGAUGAUCCAUCGAAGCAGCCUGCUCUCAUGAAGAAGAAGUGA